GUUGAGUAAAUUAGAGAAUUUUCAAUUUUGGGUUAACUAUCUCUUUAAGUGCGUUACUUCUACACAUUGUUUUCAUGAAUGAUUUCUGAAGCCUUGAAGCAACAUUUUUUUAUGGAAAUCAGUACAUUAGUAUAUGUAUACAUAUAUGUGGAUAUGGACAUAUGUAAAUAUGGGUACAUAGCUUUCUAAGUAGAUAUCAUUUCACUUUCAGCUUCCUGUAGAUAUAGCUAUAUUUAUUUUUUGACGAGAAUGAAAACGAGGCUGUGAGGGAUAGACUUGCAGUAAUAAUGUUGUUGGUGUGUUGUUUGUUCAUCAACAUUGAUUGACAAAACAUUGAUAAAACAGCAUUCAGAUGUCCAAAAACUCCAGAAAAGAGAAGUUGUGAAAAUGUGAUGUGAUCUUGAACCUUGAUACAGCUUUAUACAGUGCAUGCCAUUAAAGAGUAGAUUUCCUCACAGCCUCGUUUAAAUUCCUGCGGUACUCUGAAGAAGGUCUGUAUUUUUGAGACACACUUUAACAUCCCCCUUCUUUGUAGACUGCAUUUUUCUUUGAAAAUGAAAUGAAAAUGCAUCUCCUUUAGUGUUAAAACAGCGGCUUAUGGAAAUGUACAGGCUGCAUACGUGGGGCAUUCCGCCAUUUACUGUAGUUUGACGACGUUCCCUUAAAACCAUUAUUGAAUCGCUUGUGUCGGACGAUCCCCGCGCCUGCGCCGCUCCGUCUACCGCACUAACCGACGCCAAAACCCGACUAAAAUCCCAGACACGGGAUUGGGGGAGGGUAGGAGAAGCCCAGAAUCUGUCUGGUAGAACGAAGAAGUUGCCGGACACUGGCUGCUUGUAAUUUAGUGCUUUGUUUUUUUCUUCCUUUUCAACUGAACUGUGAGCAUCAAACUUGCAGCGAUGGACAGAAAGCGUCCAGGGAUGACCUCAGGGGCACGAAUGCCCCACCAAGGUGCUCCCAUGGGGCCUCCUGGACCUCCAUAUGGAGGAACACCACCAAUUCGGCCAGGGAUGCCCAACCCAGCCCUAGACCCCAACAGAAAACGGCCUGCACCUACCCAGCCUGUGCAACCUCCCCCCGCCCAAAACCGACCCAGAAAGAAACCACUUGGAUUACCGGCAACAAAUGAGAUAUCUGCGAAACAGGUGGACAUGAGAGAAGCCCAGUCAGAUCCUCCAAAUGGUUCCAAUGCCAAGAGAAGAAAAAUGGCAGACAAGAUUCUCCCUCAGAGGAUCCGUGAAAUGGUGCCAGAAUCCCAGGCAUACAUGGACCUCCUGGCUUUUGAACGCAAACUCGACCAAACCAUUAUGAGGAAGAGGGUGGAUAUCCAGGAAGCCCUCAAAAGACCAAUGAAGCAAAAGCGAAAGCUCCGAUUGUACAUUUCAAAUACAUUCAAUCCUGCCAAACCUGAUGCAGAGGACUCUGAGGGCAGCAUUGCAUCCUGGGAGCUGCGUGUAGAGGGCAAGUUGUUGGAUGAUCCUGGAAAACAAAAGAGGAAGUUUUCGUCUUUCUUUAAAAGCCUGGUUAUUGAGCUGGACAAGGAUCUGUACGGCCCUGACAACCACUUAGUGGAGUGGCACCGCACCCCUACAACCCAAGAGACAGAUGGCUUCCAGGUGAAAAGGCCAGGCGAUGUGAAUGUGCGCUGUACCCUGCUGCUCAUGCUGGAUUACCAGCCUCCUCAGUUUAAGUUGGACCCUCGUCUUGCACGUCUCCUGGGCAUCCACACUCAAACACGCUCCUGCAUCAUCCAGGCAUUAUGGCAGUACGUCAAGAUGAACAAGCUGCAGGACUCUCAUGAAAAGGAGUACAUUAACUGUGAUAAAUAUUUCCAGCAGAUCUUUGACUGUCCCCGUCUGAAAUUUUGUGAGAUCCCCCAGCGUUUAACCAACCUUCUUCUCCCACCAGAUCCUAUUGUGAUAAAUCAUGUUAUCAGUGUGGAUCCAAAUGACCAGAAGAAGACAGCGUGCUAUGACAUUGAUGUUGAAGUUGAUGAUCCUCUAAAGAGUCAAAUGAGUGGAUUCCUCCUGUCCACAGCCAAUCAGCAAGAGAUCGCAUCCCUGGACAACAAGAUCCAUGAAACUAUUGAGUCCAUCAACCAACUAAAGAUACAAAGAGAUUUCAUGCUCAGCUUCUCCAGGGAUCCCAAGGGCUACAUCCAAGACUGGAUCUGUUCCCAGAACAGGGACCUUAAGUUGAUGACAGAUACAGUUGGGAAUCCAGAGGAAGAGAGGAGAGCAGAGUUUUAUAACCAGCCCUGGUCUCAGGAAGCCGUCAGCCGUUACUUCUAUUGCAAGAUUCAACAGCGAAGACAAGAGCUUGAACAAGCUUUAGCAAUGCGAAGCACCUAAACAAUUCAGAACUUCAAGAAUGAGUUAACAACUGAUAUCUUUAUCCUGGGGCUUCACUAUGAUUUAGUGGCCUCCACACUGGGCAGUUGUCCAUGGUCUUGAAAAUAUUAGACCAGACCACUUCAAUAUUGAGGUGUGGACUGAUUUAAACUAUUGAGUUUGCAAUGUGAGAUGAAGAUAAGUGUAAUUGUUCUGUUAUUUAAUGUAUGUUUAAUGUAUUUACAGUUUCAAUACAAUGAAAUUAAGACAUAUUAUAAGCAUAUAAGGUAAUUCGGGCCAUCUUAAAAUGUAUACACUGGUCAUACACAAAUAUAGCAGCUAUUACAAUUGUUUUACAUCUGUUUUUAAUGCACAUGAACUGCAAGUAUGCUACUGACUAUGUGUGUCUUCUCACUUGCAAAUAGAAUUAAACUUUUGAAAGGGUCAAAUCAAAUCAAUUAAGCUUUUUGAUGCCUCUGAAUUUAUUUUUUUUAUUAUCCAAAAAUGAAAUGCAGAAAGUUAAUAAUAUGUAAUUAUAGAUAUUGGAUGUGCCAUGUUGUUUUUUCUACAUUUAUGGAUAUUCAAAUGUUGCUUGCAAUUUUCCUGUCUGUUUCCUGCCUGUGAACUUGCAUUGUGCAAAAGUGAUCAUAAUGAAAUCCACUGGAUUAAAAUUAGCCAGAUGUCAUCAUAAUUCUGAUACACUCUAUACAAUAUAUGGAAAUUAACACUUAUGAUUCAGUCUAUAAUAAAGAAACACAUUCUGUUUUAUGAACACAUGCAGUACGUUAAUAUAGAUGUGUAUUGUUAAAAACUCCAUAUGUCAUUUGUUGUUCAUAAAGGAUGUUUGAAAAUGUCUUCAUUUUCGGAGGCUUAUCACACCAGGAAGGUUGGUGCGCCGGAAAUUUGUCUGUAAGAUACAAUAAUGCAUGUUGCACGUGAAUAGUUUCAUGUUUUGUUUUUGGCAAAAAAAACAAAAAAAAAAAGCUUGGUUUUUAGCAUGAUUCAGACAUUUUUUGGGAUCUUUGUUGCCUUAAUAUGUCACUGAGGAUGCACUGAGGAAGCAUUAACCAAAGGUUAAGUACAUUAACAUUAUCUUUGUGAAUGCUAAUAAAUUACUUCAUUCUAUUAAAUAUUCCGUCACAACUGUU